GGCAAUGUAGGUGCUCGCGUUACUAUGGUAACCCGGGGCGUCAGUACGGUAAAUGAAGCUGAGUGUGCCGGGAUGUGUCAGGGACAACAGUUGGACCGUAUACACUGUUGUACUGUAGCUGAACACAACGAAACCAGAAAAGAGGCUUGAAACAUGGACAACUGUGAUUUGGAGAAGCUCUCUGUGUCUCGUGGGAAGCUCCAUCCAGCCUUCACUCCGGAAGUUACAGACUACAAAGUGACAGUGGAGAGCAGUGUCAAUAAAGUGACUCUGAACCUGCUCACUAGUGACUCUGGGGCUUCAUACAGUAUUCUCUUUGGUGACGGUUCCAGCAGCAUUAAACUGAAUGAUGGGUUGAACAGAGUAGAAAUCGAGGUGGUAGCUGAGGAUGGCACCAUAAAGAAAUACUGCGUGGAAAUCACCAAGCUGUCUGCAAAGAUUGCAGAGCUCAGUAAUCUCACUGUGGACGGAGAUAUUCCACUUCAUCCUGCAUUUUGUAGGAAAAUCUACGAAUACAAUAGUAUUGUUCCCUUUCACUGUAAUGCCGUGACACUGCUUCCCACGGUGCCAGACAAAAACAUAAAAGUUACCGUGAAUGGGUCAGACAGCUCACAACCAGUCCAUCUGAAUUUUGGAGACACUGUGGUGGAGAUCUCAGUCUGUUCAGCAGAUGGCAGUAAUUCACAGGUGUAUACAGUGUUGGUGACUCGAGAGCUAAUUCCCAUGGCCGUGACCUUCACUGAUGGGAAGCAGCAGCUGGACUAUGAAUGUCCAGUGUCCCUGACUGCUUUUUAUAGGCCUGUAUCUAUCAACCACAGUGACCCAAAACACAUCUUCUCAAGGCCUUAUAUUGAGACGCUGACACGACGUUCAAAAGUUGACCCACUUGGAGAUUGUCCUCUGGGAGACGGCUGGAAGGUUGUUGAACUGGAUCUUGACAGGGAGAUGUCAGAUGCUCUGGUCAAGUGCUUCUUUAUUUACCGAGGAUGUGACAGUGUGAUGAAGCUGUCUGAGCUGGGGUCACACUCUCUGGACUGUCCACACAGGCCCACGGAGGACCUGGAUGCAAAGGAUGUCACAGAGACAAGCUGGUAUAAGAGACUCUUUGCAUCAUCCAGUUGUUUGGAGAUAGAGACUAAACACAUAUUGGAGGUGCGUAACUGGGAGAAAAGACUACAAAUGACAUCAGGAGAAGACCAUGUGGAUAAACUGUGCGCCUUGGCACAGGAUCACCUGAACCUCUACCGGCAACACCUGCCAAAACCAGGCAUGUAAUACUUUCCAAACCAAGAGUGUAGGAUCAGGAGUUAAAUGGAAGUCAUUUAUCAAAAUUUGUUGGAAAUCAAUACCAACUUACAACCCCCUGACUUUAAUAACCUUCUCACCCUCUACAUUUUUACGCCUAUAAUUCGCCACGAACAUUACUAUAAUAAUAAAAAACGCUGUUUCA